UUCGAAUGUGAUGAUCAAUUUUUUAUAAAAUUUUUAAAUUUUUUUUGCAAUGAAUUAUCAGUUAAUUUUUUUGGUUUUUCGUCGUCAACAUUUAUGGAGAAACAAUAGUAAUUAUUUACAAUUUCAAUCGAAAAUAAUCACACCAUUUUUAUGGUCAAAAUGUUCAAUGUCGACGACGACGAGGACGAAGAUGAUGUUCAAUCAUCAAACAAGAAUAACGAAUUCGUUUGGACUAACAAAUCGAUUUCUAUAUCCUCGAAAUCCAAUCCAUCAUACGAUGAUCAUGUGGCGAUCAUAUCGGCCAAUUGAUCAGGAAAAAAAUCGUAGUACAGCAAUGUUGCUUACAGCAUUAGUUGUUAUUGUUCUUGGUUUAAGCUAUGCAGCUGUACCAUUAUAUAGAAUAUAUUGUCAAAAAACUGGUACCGGUUUACAAGCGGUUGCCAAAGUUGAUGAAAUUAAUGAAAAAGUUGCCAAUAUGAAAAAAAUAACCGAUCGAAAAAUAAGGGUAAAAUUUGAAGCCGAAAAAUCAUCACGUUUAGCAUGGAAUUUUCAACCUAGUCAACCAUCGGUUGUUUGUUCACCUGGUGAAACAAUUUUAGCAUUUUAUACGGCUAAAAAUGAACUUGAUCGUCCUGUUAAUGGUAUUGCUACAUAUACUAUCCUUCCAUAUGAAGCGGGUAAAUAUUUUAAUAAAAUUCAAUGUUUUUGUUUUGAAGAACAACAAUUGAAUGCUAAUGAAGAAGUUGAUCUGCCUGUAUUUUUCUUUAUUGAUCCGGAAUUCAUUCGUGAUCCAUAUCUAUUCGAUAUUAAUGAAAUUAUUUUAUCAUAUAAUUUUUUCGAAACUAAAGAAGGUUUUAAAUUACCGAAACCACCUGGGUUUCGUGCACAUUAUCCAAUAGCUGCUGAACAACAACCACAACAAAAUCAAAUUACAACCACUAACUAAUUAAAAAAUUGUUAUA